CCUCAACACCUUCGAGACGGAAACCGUGGUUGUAGUGCAAUGGACGACAUGCACGGCUCCAGCCGCCCUGGGAGCCAAGACGCUCCCAAGUUGAACACAACCGAGUCGGAACGGGAACCACUGCUUGCACGGCGCUCUUCGUCUUCAUCACGCGCGGUACAGCAGCUAUCCAAGCAGCUCACUACGCGACAUGCAUUUGCCGUUCUUGUUACACUUCAAAUCGGGUCGGGAAUCUUCGCUUCACCAGCGCAGGUUGACAGCAACGUGCCUUCUCCAGGAACUGCUCUCCUAGUUUGGGUCCUUGGCGGGCUGCUAUCAUGGGCAGGAGCAGCAUCGUUUGCUGAGCUUGGUGCUGCGCUUCCACUAAAUGGUGGUAUGCAGGAAUACCUACGCCACAUCUACGGUGACACGGCUGCCUUCCUCAUGGCCUGGGUGUACAUCCUCGGCGUGAAACCUUCAUCCAUGGCCAUCCAAAGUAUCGUCAUCGCCGAAUCCAUAGGAUCAGUCACAUCCAGUACCGGCGACUUACCAGAUGCCAAAAUGCUCAAACUCAUCGCUACCAUAGCUUUUGUGUCCAUGGUGCUACUCAAUUCCAUUAAUACCAGGUUCACAAUGCGGCUGAGCGAGUCUUUCACGGUGUUCAAGCUAUCGACCGUGGCCCUGAUAGUCUUAGGUGGGGUCGUUGCUGUAGCCGCACAUCUGAUCAACCCAAACUCUUCGUUAUCUGGACCGAGCGACUGGUACACUCGCAAUUGGUUUCAGACAAGGUCGACAGUAUCGGACGGCCAAACUAUCGACUGGGUGUCAAUGAGGACAUGGGAUCGUUACGGUCACUAUUGCGCAGCGAUAUAUGGAGGACUUUGGGCGUAUGACGGAUGGGAUAAUGCCAACAUCGUUGCGAGUGAAAUCCGCGACCCAGGUCGUGCUCUUCCAAAAGCGAUCAAAGCUGCGAUGAUCGUAGUACUCAGUUCAUUUGAACUUGUGAACGUGGCUUACUACAUCCUUGUACCUUGGGACAAGCUAAGCAGCAACAACGCAGUGGCAGUCGCUGCUGCUUCAUCCCUCUUAGGGAGGCCUGCUGGUAUUCUAGUUACUAUUCUUGUUGCCAUCUCCUGCGCAGGAUCCAUCACUAGUAAUGUCUUCGCAGUGGGCAGACUGACGAUGGCUGCAUCGCAACGCCAUUAUCUUCCGGCAGUAUUCAGCAAGCGAGGGCUGCCAAUGACGCAGAGGUCUGAGGCAGACACGACCGCUUCAUUCAGCCUCGACGCUCCCAUUUACGCUAACGCUUUGGCCUUGGUCGUAACCCUUGUCUAUAUCCUGACAGGUAGUUUUCGGGCACUCUUGACGUUCGUUGGUAUGGCUGAAUGGGUCUUCUACGUUAGCACGGUAGUUGGACUGCUUGUACUCCGCCGCCAAGAACCCCAGAUGGAACGGCCUUACCGCCCACUCAUUAUCCUUCCCAUCAUCUUCGUCAUCGUCGGCACUUUGGGACGAAAACAACCGCAAUAUAGGAUACGGGAAAACGGAAAGAGAGACUCCACGGGACUAGUAGACCGCCAAGCGACGAUGAAGUAUGUCGGAGGGCAAAGUAUAAAAGAAGGCAGGAGGAUGGACUUCAAAAUGACUAUCAUCAACAUAAAGCAGCAUCUCAGCAUUCUACCUUCGCCUCUACCAGCCCUUCAUUGUCUACCAGUCAAGAAGAAAUCUUCAGUAAUAAACAUGCGUUACUCCAUCCUCGCCUUCGCUGCCGGUGUCGCUGCCGCUCCUUUUGCUUCCACUGGAACUACCGCUCUUUGCCCUGCUGGGCUUUACAGCAACCCCCAGUGCUGUGCCACUGAUGUCCUUGGUGCUGUUGGUUUGAACUGCGCAGUCCCUGCCACCACUCCUGCCAACACUAGCGAUUUCAUCAGCGGCUGCGCUGCCACUGGCCAGCAAGCCAAGUGCUGUGUGAUUCCCGUUGCGGGUCAGGACGUUCUGUGUCAGGAUGUCAGCCCUGGUGCCGGAGCCCCAGGUGGCGGUGCCCCCACCGCUACUGUCACUGCUACUGCCACAGGUGGUGGUGGUCCCACUCCUACCGCUGGUCCUCCAGCCCCUCCAGCCCCACCCGCUUCCAGCUCCUGUGAGUCUAGCACUGCGCCAGCUCCUACUCCUUCCGACUGUGGCUGUGAGGAGUAG